AAAAAGUGCUAUCGCGCAGGCUCGCCCAAAAUGGCGAAAGAGAUAUGGCUUAAGACUGUGUACUGUUACAUUAAGUAGCCCCGAUAUUUUAUGGAGAAUUUAGGCUGCUUGUAUUUUUAUUAUAUUCACAGCUCGUUUUAUUAAAGUGUCGCGUUCUUUUAAAGUCUUACCGGCAUCUAACUUGAAAGAAAUGUGGAAGAGAGGUUCUGAAUGCUAGGGCAAGGGCUGUAUCGGGCCGACGCAGUUAAGCCCCAGGUACGCAGUCGCGGCCGUGGCGAACUGCCGCACCGCAUCCUGAAGUUUGUCUACAAUGCAUGAUGAAAUUAUGGUUACUGUAAUGGAGACACGAGAUCCAAUUGGUGGGCACAGUCAAAUGGAUUCCGAUGAUGACGAAGAUUGUCCAUCGUCACCUGGCUCUACUUCAUUUGAUGAUGGGGGCCUUAUGGCAGCUGCCAUGGGACAUGACAUUACAGCUCAGCUGGCAGCAGCAGGUUGGCAAAAUACUCAUGGAACUGUUGGUAUGGCCGCUGCUGCUGCUAUUGUGUCAUCAAAGAAAAAGAAAAGACCACAUUCUUUUGAAACAAACCCUUCAAUCCGCAAGCGUCAGCAGAACCGAUUGCUGCGCAAAUUACGAGCAACCAUUGACGAGUUCGCUACCAGGGUUGGUCAACAAGCAGUUGUUCUAGUAGCCACUCCAGGGAAGCCUCAUGCCAGUUUUAGGUGUUUUGGUGCUAAACCUUUAGAAGAUGUGAUGAAAAGUCUAAGAGUAUCAAUUUUAGAUGAACUUGAACAUGCUUUGCAUCGACAGGCACCCCCACCCUCUAGAGAUGAUCCCUCAUUAUAUGAACUGCCCCCCCUUGUUAUAGAUGGGAUACCAACUCCUGUUGAAAAAAUGACUCAAGCUCAGUUGAGAGCUUUUAUACCUCUUAUGCUUAAAUAUUCCACUGGUAGAGGAAAGCCAGGUUGGGGCAGGGAAUCAACAAAGCCCCUGUGGUGGCCAAAAGAAAUUCCUUGGGCUAAUGUUAGAAUGGAUGCUAGAUCUGAAGAUGAAAAGCAAAAGUGUAGGAAUGCUCAAAUCUCAUGGACACACGCCCUUCGUCAAAUUGUAAUCAAUUGCUACAAAUUCCAUGGAAGGGAGGAUCUCCUUCCUGCUUUUAAUGAAGAAGAUGAGCAAGCUCAAUUGAAUGGCAUGACUGACGAAACAUCAAAUUCAGUUCAAAAUGAGCAAACCGUACAACAAGUUGCCUCUGUUGGAGUCCUCAAGUAUCACCAAGCUGGAAAAGGAGUCAGUGCCCUAUCACCAACAGGAGUAAGCACCAGUUUGGCUAAUCUGGCAAAUGUUGCCAGCUCUGCAUCUGCGAGCACGGUGUCGGUCUCCUCAAUCUCAACAAAUACUAACACAAUGACCUCUGCUCCUGUGAGCGUCUCAUCUCCUCCUGCCCAAACUACUCUUGCUCAAGCAGCCCAGUAUGGGACAGCAACAGUAUUGCAAACCAUCAACAACCCUGACGGAUCUGUAUCACUCAUUCAAGUGGAUCCCAACAAUCCAAUAAUUACUUUACCUGAUGGUACCACUGCUCAGGUGCAAGGAGUAGCAUCGGCGUUGGGUGAUGUAACUUCAGAUGGAGUUGUAGACCUCAAUAAUGUCACUGAGGCAACCCUAAUAAACCAUGAUGGUCAACUCAUUCUUACAGGAGAAGAUGGCCACGAAUAUGCUGUGAAACUUUGCUCUGUGAAUGAGAAGUUGUGGCAGCAAGGAUCAACAAUAGAAAAGAGCUUGGGUCCAACAAAUAGCCAACGUAGUGGUCAGUCAAAUCUUCGGUCUCAUGGCCAUGAUGCUGUGUCUCAAUCAGCAUAUCCAGUUGUAUCUGGAAUGAUCUCUGUACCAGUCUCAGCAUCCAUGUAUCAGACAAUGGUACAGAAUGACUGUACAAUGCAGGUGGUCACUGUGCCAAAAGUUGAAGCUGGGACCUCAGGCGGGGAAGUAGAAACCAUAAGUAUACCCAGUGGUAUGGUUGGAACUCCAAUUAUGAUGACAGGUUCAGAACCUCAGGUUCUACAGGUAUUCUCUUUGAAAGAUGGAACUGUUUUAACAAAAACUAUUACUUCUGUUGCUGACAUUAAGUCUGAGGAGCCAGGUGAGGUUCUUGGUAAUUGAUGUAUUGGUACUGUGAUAAGAAAAAAAAAACAACAAGAUCCUCUUAAAGUAUCUGUUUGACUCCAAAGUCAAUGCAAGCAAAGCAAUUUAGAAGCACAAGGAUGUCAUAAUUAUUAUAAUGUAUGAAGGAAAUGUUGCCCGUUAGGUUUGCAUUCGUUUUUGCAGUCAUAUGAUGGUUCUGUUUGAUCAUUGUGUGAUCUAUGUUAGUACAUCAAAACAUUAUUUAUAGGAAUGUUUUUUUUGUUGUGUUUUUUUUUCCUUUUCCUUUUUUUUUUUUUUUUUUUACUUUGUAGUUCAUUGACAAAUUUGAUUUUGUUUAAUUAUGAAGUUGGAUCCCAUUGUGGUUCUACAUUUACUAUGUAUCUACUAAUCUACAGUAUCUGGGUGUCUUCAUGUCUUCAAUGAGCCAGUCAGAAGGUAAAGUUGUUCUAUUGCCACAAUAGCUUGGGUCUGAUCUCUGCCAAAGUAAACAAUAAUCUAAUCAUGUAUUUAUGUACGAUCUUACCUGGUACUGCAAUGGGUCCUCAAUUCAGAGUUUUGGACCAUUGUGAGUUUUACAAAUGUAAUUUGCAUAUGAGUAUGCAAUAAAAAUAGUAAUAAAUUUGGUUUGAAACAAAGUUUUAAUAUUCCAAACAAUAUGUGAAGUAUUGUCCCUGAACAUUGAGUUGACAUAGUGUACUACAGUAUUAAGGAAACAAAAUUUGAUUUUUAAUCACCUUUUUAAAUCAGGAUUAUUUAUGAAGUUUCUUGGCUUGUGUUAAUGAGAAAAGAAAUGCGCAAAGCACUUCACACCUUUGUUUCUCCUUACUGUGUGUUGCUGUAGAUUUAAAGAUUGAACCAGUCUUAAAAUUAAGCUUAAAUUAUCUUGAAUAUCAUUGUUAGUGUAUCAAAAGUGAAAUAUGUUAUUUGGAUUAUUUGCUUCGUGUAUUAUUGCACAAAGUAUUGUCAUUUUGCACACAAUCAUAUUGGUGUUGAUUAAUAUUCUGAAAAUUCUGGAGAAAAAUUGAGUAUGUUGAAAAGGUCUUUCUAAAAUUGAUUUUAGACUUACGAGCACAACGCACGGUUAUUUGUUGCAACCAGCAUUCAAUGAAUCAAUAUUUGCUGCAAAGCUCACUGUACAUAUCAGUCAGGUGUACCAAUUUUAACUGAAAACCUUACGUUUUGUCUUAUUUUUGAAGAUAACAUAAUGAAUGGUGUUGAUAGAUAUUGACAUGAGCUUUUUCCCAUAUUAUUUCUGAUGGUUUAACUUUUAUUCUCUCUUCUUCAAGUCCUAAAAAUAACAUGGCCUCAUAGGAUGAUGUAUUUUGCCUGUAUGUGAGUUUUAAAGGAUGGUUCCAGGUCAUUUUGGCAAAAGAACGGGGCAGUUCAUGUAUCCCCAGGAAAUAAAAAAAAAUGUCCCUGUCUUUGGUCUGUUUUGCUAUAAUUAGAAAUUGAAACUAUUGUGCAGCUGAAACCUUUUCCUGUGACUCAUUUUUAAAGACUAUAUUUCUAGUUAUUGUGAUGAGGAAUUUCAUCAAUGCUACAGGUUUUGGGGUGUCUGUGAUUUUAGUGCCAUGAUUUAUGAACAGAACAGAAGUAGCUAACUAAUAAUGUGUACAUGAAGACAUUGCUCCUCACUUAAUUUUUCAAUAGAGUACAACACCUCUGCUGCUUUUCAUUUGGAGCAAAUUUUUAUUAAAAUCGAUGUCGUAUAUGUACAUAUUACACAAAAAAUAUUUGAAAAGUUUGCCAUUAAGUAAAGAUAAUAAUCUGAAUGAAUAAUACAGAUUGCAUUCAUUUUGUUGUUAGGUAUGUGUUAGCUACUUCCUUGUAAUAUUUUACAACUCACCAAUGUGCAAAACUUCCUAUUUGCAAGGCAGACAGAAAACUGACCAAUUUAUUGAAAAAACAAAUAUCUAGAGAUGCUGUUACUUUGACAUUACUUUAACUCUAUUUUCUUCAUAUUUUGGGUAAACAAAAGGAGAGCAAAAUUCUAUAUUGAUCUAAUCUAACUUACCAAGAUCCCUUUAAAUUAUCAUGUUCUGUUAAGGAGUUUGAGUUGUUAAGGAGUCUGUCAAACUUACUAUGAGAAACAAUAAGUUUUAAAUGUUUAUAGGCAAUGGGUUACUUUAUGAGCAUGAGCAGUUUGAAAGUUUCUUCCUUAUUUAGAAAAAAUAAUUUUAAAAACUAUUCUCUAUGCUCGUAACUCAGAAUAUUUAAUUUCAGAGGAGAAUUUUGUUCUUUUUAUACCGAUUUAAGUCAAUUGAAUAUCUCAUUUUACCAUUCCAGUGUUAGUUUUAAUUGAGACCUGUGUUCCAUGAGUGAACUUUAGUCAUUAGUGUUAUUUAUUUGUCUUUGUGGUAUUUUUUUUGUUUUUGAAUAAUGUUGUGUUGGCUUGGCUUGCUUAAUUUAGCAGUGAUACUGUGAUAUUUGCAGGCAUACUUCUCAUACCAAAUGAAGUCAGUCUGGUCGAAGCAUUGUAUGUUCAACAGCAGGUGAUGUGGUUGCCUCGAUUUUACAGUUUGGUCUGUAUAUUUGGCAAGCUGUCUUCUUUAACUGUAAUUGAAUUAUUGUGUCUAUCUCAGAAAGAAAGAAGGUUGAGGAGGCAGUAUUUUCAGUUUCCCGAUAGUUUUAUUAUUGACUUCACUAAGUUCCUUUUAUGUCAAUUUGUUGUGUGAUUGUCAUUGUAUCCCUCUUUUUUAAACUGUCGUGCUCUUUGUGGGCUUGUAUCAUUCAUUCUAAAAGAAGAUUUUCCAUAGUGAACCCUUUGGUAUAUAAUCUACCUCUUGCAUGGCAAUUUGUACAUAUAAUUGUUUCAAUCAUGUAAAGGUGUUCCAACAUUUACAUUUGUAAUGUGUGAUGAUCCACCUAGUUUUGGAUAAACGAAAUUACCAUUUUAAGUGUGUACCUUUUCUAAUUCUAACUGUGCGGAAUUGUCCUAUUGAUGAUGGUUGCAUAAUUAUAUCUAACUUAAAUCAUGAA